GAAAGAGGGAAGUUCUUGUGACAGAUGCACAGCCUUAGUUGCUGCUGGGUUUAUUGUUAUUUUGGGCCAUCACAGCUUGGCUGAAUCGGACCCUGGCAAACAGCUGCACUCAGCCCUGAAAGGGCACUCUUAACACAGCUAAGCUGAGCUCCUCAGCCUUCGCCUGCAUCUUCACUAUCAGGUAGGAAUACAAAUGAAUGAUUCCUAGGGAAAUAACUCUUACUCGAGAGCUUUGAUCUUCUAAGGGUUUUUUGAUGAAUGACCCAUAAGGGGAUGUCUCACCAGGGGUGUUCGCAGGUGACACACAGCAAGGGUACAAUCUGUGUACCUGUGUAGCUAGGCAGUUGAGCUGUACACACUCGCAGAUAUUCACAUCUAAUGUUCAAUGGGAGUCGGGUCUGUGUACACAACAGUGGAGCUUUGCAAAUCAACACAUGCAAAUUGUUUCAUGCAAACCCUUGUACUGUGUAGAGGCAGCUGGCACCUCUGUUCAGUCUAUUGUGUGAACAAGGCAACUAGCAGUUGUGAUCCAUGUAGGGCUGGCUGUAGCUUUGGCAGGUCCCUGGGCAAACUGUCUCCUCCAGACAGCAGCCCAAUGUACAGGGUUGGGGAAACAUUUCCCAUCACUUCCCUGCUGGGAGAAACUCUGUAAAGGAGUUGUAAAUGUUACAUAGCUGUGCCUUUCAAUGCAGGUGUGUUUGUUUACACAGAUUGUCACUGUGGGGGACCCAAUCAGGAAACAAGGCAGUGUUAACCCUUCACCCCCCACUGUGGCUUCUCUUCACCUGCAAUUGGCAAAGUAAAACAAGAUUUUGUUUAUCUCAGUUGCGUAGGUUUGGGACUCUCAAUUCUGAUUGAGAUUUGAAGCAAACAGUUAAAGCCUUCUAACAGGCACUCCUCCCUGCUUCUUGGGUUCCGAUCUGGAUCCAGUAUCAUGCUGUCAAAAUGUGUAGCAGGGUGGGGUGGGGGUGGGGAAACCCUUCCAUUCCCUUCAUUUAAAGAUACAGCUACACAGGUAAUACAAACUGUUCUUUGACCCAUGUGUUAGAAAGAUUGGUAGGAGGUCAUGCGGUAGUCGGAUUUGUUGAAGUUGGCUUCACUCCAUUUCUCAUGUAUCCUAUCUUAAUUUUUGGUUUGCCACAUUUCCACAUUCGUUUGCUUUUUUCCUUUAAAGUAUCUUUUUUAAAAAUUGUACACCUUUGUAUGCCAUUUUGCCUUAUAGAUACAUUUUCCCAAGCAAAUUUACCUAACAGAAAGCAUUUUUAAUGUGGUCAUUCCUACCAAUAUAUGCAUUUUAAUGCAUACUUCCCCCUCCAUGUGCAUUUUAAAUGGGCGUUUUGAUGGAAGACUUGUGCAUUUGGAGAACGGCCAAAGGAUAGCUGAGUUUUGGUCAACACUUUAUUUCAGGAAAUGAGAAGUAGGUAGUUGAACAUUAAAAUAUAGACUGAACCAAACUUCGCUCCCAACCCUAGGGAGGUCCAACCACAAGCAGCCUUUGAAUUUGGUUCAGAACUCUUUUCACCCAUGUGUGUGUCUGUCUGUCUGUGAUCAACUCCGGCCCAAGAAAUCAAUGUCCGCACUGUGGAAGGACAUGUGGGUCCGGAAUUGGCCUCCACAGUCACUUACCAACUCAUUGUUAAAACUGUGUCUAUGGAAGACAAUCUUACUCGGCUAUGAGUGAUCGCCAAAGAAAAGAAGAUUUAUUUUUACAAUGUUGCAUUUAUUGUUCAUGUUUUGUGUGUAUAUGCACACACAGUUAGUUGUAUUUAUUGAUUUGGGUUUUGUUUCCCCCCUCCCCUCCGGCUUUCCCAAAUGCAAUAUAUAAAUUCAAAGUUUUCUGUGCUUAAAAUACUUCAGUUUUGUUUGCUUCCUCUAAUAACUUUUGUACUUGAUCAGGAGGAAGUGCUCAAGCAAGGAAACUGAUGUGAAAUAGAAUGUUCCUGUUUUCAUCUGAGGAAUGUCGGAGGGUAUAGCUGCACAUCCUAUUGAUGGCCUGACUCUGUAAGGGAUGCUACAACUGGGGUGGGCAGGCAUACAGGUUGCAAAGUCUAUUUAUUGCAAGGGGAGGAUGAACUCUAGUAGAGCAGCUCAGUCUGCUGAGUCUUGCCUCUGCGAAAAAGAGGAGACAGAGACAGCAUGGGGCUGAUGGCAAAGUAAAACAAGAUGGACAGCUGAUGGGGCAGCCUGAGACCCCUGCACUGCCCUGCACUCAUAGGGGGGAUGUCACAGGGCCUGGCAUGUCUAAGUCUUCUGAUCCAAGCUUCACUGUACUUCCUGCAGCAUCUCAGCAUGCCGGAAAAGCAGUAGCUGUCAGUGGCCAGAUCGAAACAGGCAGGAGUUUGAAAAGGAGCUUUCAAUUUUGCAAGGCAAAUUCAGUGCAUGUUCACUAUGGUUGGUGAAAUUGGUCCAUUUUGGUUUCUCCUUAUUUAGAAUUGUAAGUUCUGUAUGCAAUAUAGCUGUAUUGUUUUGGAAAUGUUCUUAAGAAGUUUCCUUGCUCUCAUGCAGAUCAAGCUAGUAUUUCUGAGCUCUGAGGGGGAAGUGGAGAGGUUGGAGUCUCCUAUUUAUAUCCUACUUCUGAGCAUUGAUAUGGGCUCUACAGAAGGCCUGAAAUGGAUGUGGGAGUCACACUGGAAUAUUUUGAUUGAAGACAAUGGGUGGACUUCUAUGUGGUUAAGGUUCCCAUUGACAUCCAUUUUAUCUACCAUGAGAGAACAUGCAUUGAAAAUAAUGCAAAAAUGCAAAAAUAUGAGACUGUUUCAAACGAAGGUGUCUAAUUAGAGAUCCUGUUGGAGAGGAUAUAAGGAGCCGAGGUAAUUUAAGGUCAGGUGGAGGACAAAGUGUCAGAGUUUUGGACUGUGGUCUUUGCAGAAAUUUCUAUAGUGAUUGGACAACAAGUAUUGAAAUCUCUGGAAACACUACUGUUAAAUAGGAAGGGCACUACAUUAGCUGAUUGGCAGAAAGCGGUUUGGGGAGUUGCUUUGGUGACCCCUCCCCCAAUAAUCUGCUUAAAGAAACAAAAUAUUAAUUUUCUUUUGUACUGGUUUGGUGAUUUUUAUUGUUUAUGAAAGCAAGGAUGAAAUUCAAAGACAACUCCCAGCAGCAUGCAAAACUUUCUGGCUCCUGUGAACAUAAUGGAUUUGAAUUUGUAUUCUCUCCCCGCCCCCCCCAUCCUUUAUGCUUACUGGAGACGGCUGUCUUCCUGGUAGUUAGGGACAUUGAAAAGUGCCAUACACAGAGUCAGCCCAUUGGUAUUAUUUAUUGUUUACUUAUUACCUUUCUUUUUCUAAGGCGCUCAAGGUGGUGCACAUGGUUCCCUCCUCCCUUUCAUCCUCACUACAACCCUGUGAGGUAGGUAAGGUGAAGAGAUGGUGACUGGCCCAAGGUCACCCUGUGAGUUUCAGGGCAGAGUGGGGAUUUGAACCCUGGUCUCCCAAGUCAUAGUCCAGCACUCUAACCAUUACACCACACAGGCUCAUUGGUCCAUUCAAGUCAAUACUGCCUACUGACUGGCAGCAAAUCUCCAGGACUUGAGGUAGGAAUCUCUCCAUGCCUUGCGACGACAGGCAUUGGAUCUGGGACUUUUGCAUGCAAAUCAUGUGCUCUGUCUCUGAGCUACGGCCCUUCCCAUAGGAGUACUAUGGGAGAAGAAGCUCAAUAGACAGGAAUAGAGCUUGUGACAGGUUCUCCUCCUUCCACCAAGGUGCAUAAAAGCACAUUUCCAUACACAUUCUUAUGAUUCUGGGAAUAUAUUUUUGAUGGUAAAUAACUGUUACUGAAUGAAUCAAUAAUCCAUUUCCAUCCCCUUGCUUCCAGAUUUGGCCCUUGCAUGAAUUCACAAUGAGGAGCUUCUUUUGUCUGCUCUUCCUUCCAGGUAAUGCAAGUGUGAUGCAGGUUUGAUUUGUGCCAACAAAAGCAAACUGGGCUUCUGGUCUCAUUUAAGCACCACUGCUCUCUUUGGUCUUUAGAAAAGAAUGAGGAGAAGGCAGUGGUGGAUGUUGGGCUCUCAGAUUUCAGCAGUGCCCUUUGCGACACUAAAAUUCCAUGAGGCCCCCCCCCCCCGUAGCUCCAUUCUGAAACCGUGUCUUGAUGCCCCCUGCAGGGUAGUGCUCAGUGGGACCACACCACUCCUGCCACCCUAAAAGUGCCUCUGAUGAUGUGAUGAUGGUCCAGUUUAAAUCUCCCACUAAUGCGCUGCUAUUGACAUGUUUCAGAAUAUUCCUGCUAAAAAGCCACCAGUCUCGAGCGGUAGUCAGAAGUUUAGUUUAGUUUUGAUUAGAGAGCACUGCCUUCAGAUCAUUUUCACCAUCCUUCUGAAUGCAUGGUGGCAGCUGAGCAAAAUAUCACAUGUUGUUCUCCGAUUUAGGUAUCUUGGGUAAGGAAAAUAUGUUGACUAUUGCACCGAAUAAUCUGGCUGCGUGGGAAGGAUCCUGUAUUCUGAUUCCAUGCAAGAUCGAUGAAACAUAUAAGAGCGUUCGGGUUGACAACUUCUUCCUGAUUUGGUAUUUUGACCCUAAGUAUGAAGACAAUCUGAAAGAUUUUACUGGUAUCAUGUUAUACAAUGGCUCCACCAUCUCAGAGAACAACCUGACUGCAACAAGUCCCCACUUUCUGGAUCGGGUGAGGUUUGUUGGGAAUUUAAACAGCAGAAACUGCAGCCUGAAGAUCUCUCAUCUCCAGAAAAAUGACAGAGGCACAUAUGGAGCAAGACUUUAUGGCUUUGUUGGAAUCAAUCGUCAUCUAGACAUGUGGUUUGCUCCUGCUGCUGUUAAUGUUAACGGUAAGAAACUUUCAGAGAUGAUUUGUUCUCCACUCUUGCGAAAGUGGUCAAGUAGUCUGGAAGCUAAGGGCACCUCCAGACUGUCACUCUUCUGUGGGAGAGAUUCAAGUGCAUACCACAAAUGUAGAUUUAUGCUCUUUUAAGUGCUCUGUUGCCCUAGUGCAAGAAUUCACUUUUAAAAAGAAUCAGCCUUUCUGUAGCUUGGCAAGUGACAGGGUCAUGCACUGAAAUGUGUGGGGUGAGCAAAUGACUAAUGUGGGAAGAUGAGUAAAUACCUCAUAAAGAAAUCAAUAUGAAUAACAGAUGCAUAACUGCCCUGUGAUCAAAUCAGAACAAAUGGUCAACAAGGAUAUACUCUGCGUAAGUUUAAUGCAAGGAAAUACAGUGGUACCUCGGGUUAAGUACUUAAUUUGUUCCGGAGGUCCAUUCUUAACCUGAAACUGUUCUUAACCUGAAGCACCACUUUAGCUAAUGGGGCCUCCUGCUGCUGCCGUGCCGCCGCGGCGCGAUUUCUGUUCUCUUCCUGAAGCAAAGUUCUUAACCCGAGGUAAUAUUUCUGGGUUAGCGGAGUCUGUAACCUGAAGCGUAUGUAACCCGAGAUACCACUAUAAAGAUGAACGUUCAAUAAAUAGGUCUUCAGGUGGAGUACUAAACUUUCACUUUUCUAAUGCCGUAAUUAUAAUCCUAUAGGAGUCAUAGAAUCAAAGAAUUAUGGAACUGGAAGGGAUCUCAAGAGUAGACUAACAGUAAUGGGUAGACUGGUAACUGAAGAACAUUUCUGGAAUCCCCUCCUAAGGGUUUGCUCAAUGACACUAAUAAUGUAAUAAUGUAUUUGCUAGGCAGCCAUGCCAUAUCUUUGUGUGAAACUAAUGUGUCAUUCAUCAGCUACAUUGUGUUGCAUCAAACGUUAGUCCACUCAGAGUAGACCCAAUGAAAAUAAUGGACCUAAGUAGAUUAACUACUAUAGAUACAAUGCACUGUGUUCUUAUUUGCCUUGCCAGUAUCUAGUGCUGCGUUUUUCACAGCACUUUGUUAUGCAAAAAGAAUCAAAUAUUUAUUUAUUUAUUUUACUACGUAACAAAUUUAUAAUCUGCUUUAUACCCUGAAGGCCCUGAAUUGGCGUGCAAGUUAAAUAUAGGGAUACUAUAUACACAAGUUCAGCUUUAAAAAUUAAAAUAAAAAAUUCAUAUGAACUUCAAAUCAAGAAAACCACCUCUGCAAGUUCUACAAAAAAAGAAUAAAAUCAUUUCUGCAAAUGUCCAUUUGACAAAUAUCAACUCAGAGGCAGGUAUAACUAUGCUAAGAUGCAGCAUCACAGAAGGGGUUAAAAAUAGGCCUGGAUGCUUCUUGCCAUUUUUGGAUAGAUGAUCAAGGCUCUUAUUUGCUCAACAGCUUCCUUUAAGAUCAGGGAGGGGAAACUUUAAACUUCCAGAAGUUGCAGGAUUAGAACCCCCAUCACCCCUGACCAUGCUGGCUGAGGCUGUUGGGAGUUGGGGUCCAAGGACAUGCGGAGAAUCACAAGUUCUCCAUCUCUGGUCUACAGCUUUGCCUGAUCAAUGUCUUGGAAUUUCCCUUUUUAAUUUUCUGCAUGCAGUGUCACCACCCAAACCCCAAAUAGAAAGCAGAAUGGCACAAAUCCGAGAACAGUGGCCAGUGACAGUGACCUGCUGGGUAUUUUACCACUGCCCCGAUGAGCCAAUUAUGUUGACUUUCAGCGGCUUGGAGGAGAGUCGUAUGUCUUCCCAAAAAACAACCAAUAGAGAUGGAAAAGUCCAGACUGUUCUGAGUUUUACUCCAACUUGGGAGGAUCACAGGAAAACGCUGACAUGCACUCUGAAAAGCCACAAUGGGACAGAGAUAUCCCAGAGCACCAUGACAUUGGAUGUGAAAUGUGAGUAUUCAGGGGGGAUGAAACUGGGCUAUGUGGGGGAAAUCUGGAAAAAAGAUAUUUCACCUGAACUGCACAAGAUUCUGUUCCUCUGAAAAGCCAUCGUCUGAACUCUGAAUCUUGUGAGGGAUGGGGGGCUUUGGCUUAGGCAUUUACAGUAGUAAGAAGCAUGUGAUUGUUGCAUUUGGAAGGAUAUUACUGUUACUGAGUACAAAAUGUGAUGGGAAUCCCUGCAAGAUGGGAGGGGGUUAUAAUUAAGGGUCCCUGAUUAUAUUCUAGGACCUCCAGCCUUGCAGCUGCUGUCACUUUCUGAUGGUACUUAUGACUUCCAUAUUUUAUUUAUUUCAGAUAGUCCCAAAAGAGUUAAGCUGAGCGCUAUGCCUGGAAUCACAGUCCGAGAAGGGGAGAAACUCUCUCUUGCAUGUACAGUCAACAGUAGCAACCCUGAAGUUACAUACCAAUGGUACUGGAAGGAUAUGCGGAAAUAUGAAUGGAGGAGCCCAAUAAAGGAAUUUGAACCUGUAGGAGAACAAGAUUCUGGUGUCUAUCGCUGUACAGCUGAAAACACAGUUGGAUCCGGUAGCUCAGAACUGACCAUCAAUGUCCAGUGUGAGUUUCUUUGUUGGGCUGGUGAAUGAUGACCAUCAAGAUUUACAGACAUUACUCACCUCUUCCUUCCUCUUUUGAGGGACUUUUCUUAUUCCAGAAGAGAACUACUUUCUCCUUCUGAUUUUCAUGCACUGUGUGACUAUCAGGACAGGAAACAGGAAAAAGCUUGUUUAAAGCCAAUUCUAUACACACACCAAUAUAGUUUGUAAACCUGCAUCAUUGGUCUUGCAUAAAAUGUACCUUUAGAAUACAAUCUUAAGUCCGAUCACCUUCAGCCUCACUCACCUCACAGAGUGUUUGUUGUGGGGGAGGAAGGGAAAGGAGAUUGUUAGCCGCUUUGAGACUCCUUCAGGUAGUGAUAAAGCGGGAUAUCAAAUCCAAACUCUUCUCUUCUUCAAAGAUGGGCAGGGUUGCAUCCAGGGCUGGCUGGUGGCUGGCUGGGUCUGGAGGAAGCAUAGACAUGGCCUCAUUUAACCCCAUAGGUGCCGAACUGCAGUAUCUGAACACCUUUCUGUGGACUUUUCCAACACCCCCAAAUGAGAAAUAACAGAUAUGAUGAGAAAAUUAUUUAAUACUCUCCCAAAAUCUCCCUCCUGGGGUUGGGUUGACUCACCCUGAUUAAUGUGGCAUGCUGGACCAGGAUCUUCAGCAGCAGGAUUAUAAUCCCUACUCAGACAUGCAGUUCACUGGGAGUUCCUGGACCCCAGUCACCAUUUCUCAGCCUAGCUUACUUCACAGGAUUGAUGUGAGGAUGAAAUGGGGAGGUGGAGAACCACACUCAGCAGCUUGAGCUCCUGGGAGGAAAGGUGGGAUGAAAAUAUAUACUGUACAUAAAUAAUGGUUGGCCAAAUUAAUACCACAGCAGUAAACAUCAUAAUCACCAUCAGUUAAUUAACUGAUGAUGAUGAUGAUAGAGGGGGCAGUAGUGAUUCUGUUGACACGGUGGUAGCAGAGGUGGCAGUGAAUGGUAAUGAUAAAAGUGAAGUCUUACUCUGACUUCCCCUGUGUGUGAAGACAGGCUCUGGCAGACUGAACAGAUGAGACCAAAGUGGGUCCAAUGGUCAAGGAGACAGUUUCUGCACUUGCUGUAGAGGGGAGUGGGGGGCAGAUGGGCUCAUCAACCCUGGGAAGGUAGCCCAUCUAGGAGAAGGAAAACUCUGAUCCAGAGUGGAGUCUCUAUGAUGGUUAGAUGGUGCCUUGUAUAGAUGGUGCCUCCUUCUGGCAACUCCUGCAGCCAAGCUGGUGCCAAACAUGUUGCUCUGCUUUCUUGUGGGCCACACAAGCAAGUUGGAGAAGGGGGUCUUCUCUUCAGGGCAGCUCAGGACCUCCAUACCCACUGCCCAGGCUCGUGCCAUAUGGAGGUCACUUUGAUGCUGCUAACGCAGCGAUUUGACUAAACCCACGGAAGCACACUCUGUUGUCUCUCAAGGCAGGUGGAUGCCAACAGCAGUCAUCAUCAGCAUAGUAAUGAUCUGUCUUCUAACAGUAUCUCAAAAUGUCCCUCCUGGAGUGGGCUGACUCACCCUUCCAUAUGGUGGGGCCAGUUUUGCUACCUUCACCAAUUCCUGAAUACACACGUUACUCUCUCACAGUUCUCUUGUCCCCCAAGGCAGCACACACAUUUUCUUGCCCUGAAACAAGAGUCCUGAUUUCAGUGUCCAUAAUAUCUCUACCCCAGAUCCACCAAAGGAUGUGAAGAUUGACGUGUCACCAGGGAGAAUCAAAGAAGGGGACAACGUGGUUUUGCGAUGCUCUUCCCGAGGGAAUCCUGCCACCAACCGCCAUGGUUGGUAUAAAGAUAGGGAGUCUGGCAUAAUUGGAACUGACAAGGAGCUGCAUUUUGAGGCGAUCCAGGCCAGAGAUUCCAGUACCUAUUACUGCAUAGCCUGGAACACCAUUGGAAAUUCAACAUCCUCAUCCGUCACCCUGGAUGUUCAGUGUAAGUAACCUCAGUUUCAGGAAGUGAAGGGUCUGUAGCUUGGACUUUGACUGGCAGGGUCAUAGCUGUGCUCUGCAUCAGCUGCCACCUGAUCCUUAUAAAAACCCUGGAGGUACCAGGAAUAUUGACCACUUGCAUGCAAAGUAUGUGGCACAUCAUAUACAAAUUUAAAAGACAGUUGGGCGUAUUUGCUGGAGAAGAUUAUCAAUGGCAGCUGGACAUGACAGCUUUGUUGUACCUCCACCAUCAGAGGCUAUGUGCUGGAAAUCUCAAGUGGGGACAGUGUUCUUGUGUUCAUGUCCUGCUUAAGGACUUCCCAUAUGCACAGUGGUUAUUGACCACUGUGAGAUGGGCCUUUGGCCUGAUUCCUAUGGGCUGUCCUGAAGCUCUUACCUUGGGAUGCAAUGAGAGGUCAAGCAAGGCUGUUUGUAUAAACGAGCAACUCUGCUUGAUUUCUGCAAGCUGAAUUGGGAUAGUAGCACCAGCCACCUUGAGUGAAUCUUGUCCCAAUCCUGCUUGUGCACAGCCCUUGAAUACCAUGCUGGUGGAGGUGGAGGGUGAAUCCUUUACUCUCUGGUUAGAGCUUAUGGAGAGAGUUGGGCACCACCAACCUUCCUCUAUUGAUGUUCUCCAUGUUCAUGAUCCUCCUUUGCUGGCUAGUGCAGAGUGAAUUAAGGCCAUUGAAUGCUUCAUUUAAGAACAGAGGUGGCUGCCUUAUACAGAGUCAGACCACUGGUCCCAUCUAGUUCUAUGUUGUCUAAACUGGCCAUGGCUCAAAGUUCCAUGCAGGAGACUCUCCUAACCCUGUGUGGAGAUACUGGGGAUUGAACCUGGUACCUUCCACACGCAAGGCAGAUACCCUACCACUGAGCUAUGGCCCUUCCUUUUAAAGGCUGUAAAUCUGAAUGUGCAAGGCCCACUACUGCAUUUUCAGUAUGAGCAAUUUCUUGCUCACCUGCUCCUACAUAAUUUAUACUUGGGGGCAUCCACAGUGUGGCAGACUAGCAGCCCAUGUGUGUUGACUGCUUCCAUGCUUCUGCUGGUGAUAUUUGAAUGAUGCUGAUCAUGCUAGUGGGACUGGGAAAUUGGGUAGUGAUUCUGUCAGGGCAGGUGCCAGGAGCUGGUCAGUAAUAACUCACAUGAUGUCACUGAAGUUAACUCUUUAUUCAAAGAAAUAAACAGCUCAGGAUUCCAGGCCUAGUGGGCACAGUAACUCUUCCCAGUAGAUUGUGGGAGAUGUCAGAGAUUGAACUACAAUCUUUAAGCUGCAACCUUUCCCAUGUUAUUGUGACUAUAACUCAACUUUUGGAAAGUGGGUAUAAAUGUAGAAAUGAAAUACUUCUGGAAAAUGACCAGCAACCGUGCACAUAAACAACUUGGAGAUUAUCAACAUUAACUCGUCAAUGUGCAACAUUUGUAUUUAUAGGUAUUUAUGCUCAUUCUUUGCUAUUUUGUGUGUGACUGAUUAUUGUGCACAUCUCCCAACUACGCACAUCAUGGAUGAUGUUUCUCAGGAAUAAAAAAAGCAUUGAUUUGAUUUUCCAGAUGCUCCCAAGAAUGUCCAGCUUACCCUUAAUAGCCGUCAGCCCAUAACAGAAGGAGACACUGUCCCACUGAACUGCUCUGUGGGCAGCAGUAACCCCAGUCACAAAUGGUAUAACUGGUACAAGUCAGGGAAACGUAUAACUCAUACUCAGGAACUGUACACCUUUACUGCAUCACCUGAAAAGGUCAGCAUUUACAAAUGUGAAGUUUGCAACGUGAUCAACUGUACAGCAUCUGCACCCAUCUCUGUGAGAACACUCUGUAAGUAAUGCUACUGGAAGACCUGGAGCACAUGUACCAGUCAAGCAGAGGGAGAGGUUAUGGGAAGGAAGGUGCAGUCAUUUCGCAAACUUGAGCCACACAGGCUAUGUGGCUCCACUACGUGUUUAGAGAAUUGCAGGUUGAAUUUAAAUAACUUAGCCAAAUCACGAGAAGGGUGUACUCUUUGGCAUAUAGAGCCUCUUAGCGUAGACUGAUCUUACACCUGAGAUCCCAAAUUGUUAGCAGCCUUAUACAUGACAGAGGCCAGGAUGCUUGCCUAUAGAAAUUAUGAGCCAUUAUCAGUCGCAACUUACACAGGCAGACCCGCUAUGGCAGAAAGAUUUUGGAGAACAUUUUUUUCUGAUGCUCCUCAAGGGGUGGGCACCCACUGUUGGCACUAUUUAAAAAAGGCAACUGCCAAAAGCAGGGCUGUUGAGUGCAGCAGGUAUGUGCUUUUCAAGCUGAAAAUUGAGGUUGAUCACUCAGAUUUACUGCAGAGGAAUCUGUAUUCAGAGGUUGUUGUGUGUGUGGUGGGUUUUGUGUGUGUGUUCAGGUGCGAGGGCAGGUGGGGCACCUCAUGUGAUACACUGCCUUUGGUCUCUCCUCCUGCAGUUGGUCCCAAAGCUGUGAAAGCUGUGCGAGAACCCCUGGGGCUGAUCAAAGAAGGCAGCUUUGUUAAGCUGAGAUGCGAAGUGAGAGAAGCCAACCCCCAGGAGCUCACCUACAUAUGGUACAAAGAAGGGCAACAUCUGCAGCUGAACUCUACGGUGACCAUCCCGAAAGUGACCCCUGAGCAUUCUGGCAGUUACUAUUGUGCAGCAAGCAACCAAGUAGGCUCAGCACAGUCCUCACCAGUUUGGCUGAGUGUCCGUUGUGAGUAUGGAAAGGAGAGAGUGCUGGAGAUGGCUGAUGAGGACCCCACCCCAAGUACCUGAUUCCCUUACUCUGUCCUCAGGGGUGGCCCAUCCAUUCUCGCUGCUUGAGCCAAAAUGGGAAGUGUCACUCUGCCCUGCCGUUGGCACCGCUGCCUCCACCACCCUCCCUGCCGUUUCCUUCACUGGUGGAGAAGUGUUGAUUUCAGGAGAGAUCUCCCCAAUUUCGGGUGAGAUCUAGCCUGAAACCAUGCAAGAUAUUGUGCACUUCACAAGAUCUUGUGCAAUUUCAGUGAGAUUUCAGCUGAAAUCGGGGUCAAUACCAGCCCCAAUUCACCCCUAUAAAUUGGGGCAGUGGGGCAGGUGGGGUCUGCUUAGGCAGCUAUUGCUACCUGAGGCAGCAUCCCCACCCCGCCAAAUGGCACAUCACCCUGCCUGUCCUCCAAGCAUUGCUUCUAGCUGAGGACAAGCUUCCAAGAUCUUUUCUUCAACCCUUGCCUUUUAAUUAGAACCAGAGCUGUCCAUUCCAUCCUCCUUAGUUUCAUUGUUUCCUUUCUAGAACACAGCAGGGAAAAAGGAUGGGGGCAAAAUUCAAGUUAAAAAGUUGGAUCUGCCUCUCAAUAGCUCUGGCUUCACCUACUGUUGGUCUCUCUCUGUCUUCUGCCCUAUAAGCCCCAAAGGGCACCAGCAACCCUUGAGUCAUAUUGAGAGCCUUAAGACAAAUACUGGACAGUGCUGAAUGUAUCUUCCCUGCCUUUCUUCUUGGCAGAUGGGCCUCGCAAUGUCCAUUUACUCCUGAGCACCCAGGAUGCUAUCAUUGAGGGAAUGAGUAUCUCAUUGAGAUGCGAUAAUGAUGCCUUCCCACCAGCUGAUGUUUACACAUGGUACUGGAACAAACAGAGGCUUCAGGAAACUUCCAAGAUACUUCAGCUUAGGAAAAUCCAGGUCGACCAGUCAGGAUCCUAUCACUGCAAAACUUCCAAUAGCAUCUCUGAGCAGGAGUCACCGCCCAUGGGCAUCACUGUGUCCUGUAAGUAGUUUAAGGUUACUAGAUUUUUUCCAAUGAAUCCGGGGACACUUUUCAACUUCAAUAGGAAUGAUAGGAUUUUGUAUGCGGACUGAUUUGUAAAUCCAGGGACUGUCCCUGGGAAAUGGGGAUGUCUGGUAACCUUAGAGUAGUUAUUAAUGGCAGGUCAAGAAUUCUACUUUGCAAAAUGUUGUUUUAGUAGCUGCAUGACCAUCCUUUGUCAAGAAUUGUAUGUUGAUAAUUAUUGUGGAAGGACGAUCCAAUGCAUUUCCAACAACCUGUGAUUUUGGGAGAGUAUUGUGACCUGACCAAGGAGCAUGGGCAAAGGAGAAUCUUGAGGGCUAGACAGAUAGUUCUGGAGGGCUGUAUUUGAGCCCAGGACCAGAGGUUCCCCACUGCUAAUCUAUACAGAUCUGCUGUAGUGUCAGAGUUAUUGUGGGAAAUAAACAUGGCAGCAAACUCAGCCACUCAGAGCACUAGAUGGUGGUGGUGGGGUUCAGAAAGUGGGUAUACACAGCCCUGCCUGGGACCUUCUGCAUGCAAAGCCAAUGUUCUGCAGCUGAGCUCAGGCCCUUCUCACUGCUUGCAAGGCAGAUGGAUGCCAAGGAGAGGAACCUGGUGGACUUCAGUGUGCAACUGAACAAAAGCCUGCUUGGGAUCAGGCAACAAUCUUUUCGCCGUUACAGCCAGGUGUUGCAAAUUCUGCGCUUUCUCCCUUUCUGUGUCAUGUAGACAGCAGAGCUACUGUGUUGAAGCGUGCCCUGAUUGGCCUGGGCAGUGUCCUAUUUGCGGUUUUCCUCCUGGGGUUGCUGUCACACGUGGUGCAGAGAUGGUAAGUGGUUGUGGGGAGAGCCUCUUUGACCCAGGCAGGUCAUUAACUGGUGGUGUUUCUGAAGGAGGUAGGCUUCCCUGUUCUGCUGGCAUUGUAUCAUUGCGCAUUUAAUUAUGUAUGGAGUUUGUAAUCAAGUUAAUGCUUGUAAAUUGCUUAGAAGCCAUUUUGGCAUGUAAGCAGUAUGUAACUGUAAAUAACUAGUGGGUAAUGUCUGGCAUUGUCCAGGAAUUUGUAAAAACAAAAAAGGUGUUUUUUAAAUGAAUAGUGUAGUUGCCAGUCAUGCCCAAAAUCAGACAAGGUCACAUUUGGGCCUGCCAUCCUGCUGCACAUUGGCUCCUGACACCCAAACUUUGAUGAAGCCUCCUGCCCCCACUUCUUGACACCUCAUGCUGUUUUGUGAUGAAACCCGGAGAGGUCGCCAAACCUAUGGCAAAAAAUGAUCAAAGUCAUACCCAUGUCCAGCUUCAGUCUGCCAUCUUGAUUUAGAAGGGCAUUUGGCAUCCCAACAAUGACAAAAACCACUACCCCACCUUGAGAAUUCUCAUGCUGAAUUUAGCAACGAUAGCUUGAUAGCUGGGAAAACCUGUAGAGAACAGACAGACAGACCAGUUUCCAAAAUAUGUAGCAGAAGAGAUUGACCAAUGAUCUGACAGUUUAAAUAAUGCCUAUCAACUUUCUAUAAAUCACACACACCUUCUGUUUGGUGAAGGGGUUUGGAAGUGGUGGUAGUCCUCUGGUGAACUGCCCCAAUGGGACAGAACUGUAUCUUUUCUACCAUUGCAGGAAGAAAACAUUGGACCCCGGCACUGGAAGGGCACGGAGAUCAGGCUCAUUUUUUGUCAAGAAGGUUAAGUCUUAUUUUCCACUGGUAUCAGUACAUUGUGGGAGGGUGAGGGUGUUGAAUCUGUUUGCAAAUAACAAGUGACAUGGCUGCUUCUGUGACCAGCCAAUGACCUCUAGAUGUUGCUGGCGGUUGUGACGAUCAGCAUGAAUUAAUAGGACAAAUUAGAUGAAGCUGCACCACAGUCCCAAGUAUGAUGACAGUGGUUGCUUCUUCUCCCUUGUGGCAAGUAGCAACCUGUGGGAGUCAUCCCUCCAGCCUUGUGAUUGGGACUGUGGUGCAGUGGGAAUUGGUUUUCCGUCCCCUUGCUUUGAAAAAGAAUUAGAUAAAUACAUGGGAGAUAUCAGUCGGUACUAGCCACAAUGACUAUGUUCCACCUUUACAGUCAGAGGCAGGGUAGCUCUGAAUUUCAGGAGUGGUGGCUUUUCUCAGCCCUGAGUGACACAUGGGACACCCUGUGAAAUACAUCUCAAAAGGCACAGGAGCCUGUCAUCCUUUGCAUGGAGGUGUGGGUGGGCAGGUGGAAUAUAUGUCCCUGCAGAGAAAAUGAAGGUGUCCUAGGCAAGAGAGUAAACACUGCUUUGUUUCUUAGGCCAAGGGAGAAAAACUGUGUAAUGGUAACAACAGGCUGAGAGAAAAUGGAGCAGAUGGGUCCAUUGGAUUCCUGAACCAGGGUGCAGAAACUUCAAUUUCUUAUGCGGCGCUCAGGUUCCCUCCAAGUUUGUCCGAGGAACGCACUGUUUAUGCCAGGUAUGAUGGGGAGCAGACUAGAGGGUUGCGGGAAGCUGUGGUAGAUACGUUGCCUUUUUUGGAAGAAGGGGGAGUCAGGCAAGUGAUGGGUUCAGAUGAACUGCAGUAGGAAGGGACUUCCACAUGCAAGGAGCCACCACUGAAUAGGCCCUUCCUAUACACUGCCUGUAAGGGACACAGGUGGCACUCUGGGUUAAACCAGAGCCUAGGAUUUGCCGACCAGAACGUUGGCAGUUCGAAUCCCCGCGACGAUGGGGUGAGCUACCGUUGCUCGGUCCCUGCUCCUGCCAACCUAGCAGUUCGAAAGCACAUCAGAGUGCAAGUAGAUAAAUAGGUACCACUCAGGCAGGAAGGUAAACGGCGUUUCCGUGCGCUGCUCUGAUUUGCCAGAAGUGGCUUAGUCAUGCUGGCCACCUGACCUGGAAGCUGUACACCGGCUCCCUUGGUCAAUAAAGCGAGAUGAGCACCGCAACCCCAGAGUCGGCCACGACUGGACCUAACGGUCAGGGGUCCCUUUACCUUUAUACACUGCUGAUGCCCAUAUUUUCUCUCUCCUUCCUUCCCUAUGAUGGACCAGUUACAAAGCAGGUCACCAGAGCUCCUGUGAGUCUAUCACUGGUGUAGAAGAGGGGAUUUCAGUUGGUACAGCUUCUCAUGUGGUGGGUGGGGAAAACGUCCCCAUCCUGAAACCACAUCGUUUGCAUGAUGAUUAAAGACUCAGCAACCCCGGUUCUUCUUUGCAUCUGGUACUUCUGUUGCUCAUCUCCUGUGAAUGGGAAAGUGUAUAAAGUCAGUAAGGGACCCACCCACUGAAAAUCAACAAAAUGCAACAUGGUGCAUUCUGGAUGUAGAUUACAACUCCAACCAUCCUUCACCAUUGACCAUGGUGGCUGGGGAUGAUGGGAGCUGUGGUCUAAUGGAGGGCACAAAGUUGACAAAGGCCGCUAUAUUGCACUCAGGCAGCCUAAGCACUAAAUUCCUCUUCCAUACUCCAAAUGCUUUUCUAACUGGAAUCUUCAAUUCUUUACAGUGUCAAAGCACCGCAACCUGUGGAUGAUGCCGUGAUCUACAGUGUGGUAAAGAAACCUCAGCUCCCCACAAAGGUACAUCUUCAUUGUAAAACAGAAUCCCAUGGGAUGUGUGAAUGACUUGGCUUCUCCAGUAUUGUAGCCCAUGAUCUCCUAUGGUUGGCAUGUCUGGACAUAUGGUUGGAAGUAUGCCAGGGGCCCACAUCCUAGCAGGUUCUCCACUGACCAGAGAACCCUGGAGAUGCUGCGGUGAGGAGGUAGACUCACAGAGGGAAAGAGGACCACGGAGGGUGUCCUCUCAAGGUAUCCCCCAUAACUCCAAAACGCUGUGAGGUUUGGUCCAUGCAAGGUGGAGGUAGGGGCUUCAAAGGGGUCUGGUCCCAACACAAGCAUGACCAAUGUUUCAGGUAAUGUACUAAAUUUGGUUGUCAUUCAGACUGCAAAUGGCAGUUUGACUCACACUGUAGAGAAACAGGUUUAAGAGCAAUAUGUCUGCCUCUUUUAAAGCAUCACAGAGAGUUGCGGCUUUCAAUAAACGUGUAUUGAAUAUAUGGGACAUAACUGUGUACAGCUGAAAACGCUGUCAGCAUUAAGAUAAAUUCAACAGUGUAAAUAAGUUUUGAUGAACGCAAUAACGGAACACAGAUAGGUAUAGUUUUUGUAAAAUGUGCAGGGAUUUAUUAUAUGCAAAAUCAACCAUGGAAAGAGAAGAAUGGAAGUCAUGGAUAUCUCAAGGGUGUAAAAUGAGUAUUUUAAAUUGUAAAACAAAAAAAUAAAUAUAUAUUAAAGAGAGAGAGAGAGAGAGAGAGAGAGAGAGCAUUGCGGCUUUCAGUUUAGUACAGGGAAUUCAAGCUGUCACUAGAAUAUUUUUCUCAGCUUUGUGGUCAGCUGUAGAAUAGGUGUGUGGUGAGAAGAACAGAACAGGGGAAGCCCUGAUGCAAUUUUCCCCAACCUGGUACCCUCCACCUGUUUUGGACUAAAACUCCCAUCAUGCCAGAUGAUUGGCCAUGCUGACUAGGAAUGAUGGGAGUUGUAGUCCAAAGCAGCUGGAGAACAUCAGAUUAGGGAAGUUGCCUUAGUAGCACUCUCCUUUGGAGUCAUGAAAAAGUCAGGUUUAAUUCCACCCUGUUUUUGUAAAGCAACUUGAGAAGGUGGUUUUUGUUUUAAAGAACCUUCAAAAACAAAGAGCACCCGAAUCUGGCAAAAUAAAAUGCCAGAUACCUUUAAUUAGCUGGGCUAAUGUCACAACCACGAGAGAAAGGUAAACCAUCCCUAACCUUCCCAGGUAAUCCACUUCUGGAUAGAUAAUGAACUGCCUUCAUAGUGAUUUGUUGCUCAUGGCAUUUGUUUUAGGACAAGUGAAAACUGAACUCAGUGGGUACCAUUUAUUUUUUUAAUUUUAAUUUGCUUUGAAACUCAUAUCAUCAGGCUUGCUAAUGCACAGGGCCAUGCUGUCCUGAUUCAGCUUUUGGUUUCUUAUGCUGUCCCACCCCCUUGUUGGCAAUUUACAAGAAAUCGUCACCCUUGAAGUGAAAACCAUUUUUCUUAAAAAAGACGAGCAUGUGUUUCCUUUGUAAGGCCCAGAUAGAAUCUCUGCAGAGCGUAACACGGCCCCAGGGAUAUGCACUGUCAACAGCAUCUCCUACUAGCUGUGCUACUUUUUAAAAUCAUUACAGUAUGCCAGUGCCUUCUGCUAUCUGCAUGAGAAGCAGAAAUUCAAUAGGUAAAGGAGGCUUUCCUUGCCAUAGUGGUGAGACGGGAGAGAGGAGAGAAAUCUCUUGAAGUCUGGUCAAGCAACUGUUUAAUAAACGUUUUGGGGCAUGCGGAAGACCUGCCCUAAAGAUGGGGGGGGGGAAACAAACCUAGAUCUGUAUUAAUUGGCACUUCUAAUGAAGCUACAAAUCCAUAGCUGUCAACUUACAGAUUUGAAAAUAAGGGACCAGCAGCCAAAAUAAGGGAUCAACAAUUACUUUGAUAAAAUAGAUAUUUUGUUGCAUGCAAAUGGCUUUAGAUACCUGUUAGGUCCAUAAAUUACCAUAUAGCAUAUAUUCAACACAAAAAAACAGCAACAAUUUGUUGUUGACAAAGCACUGCUGGACAUAGAAAGGGCUCCAUUACCUUCAGUAGCUUAUUUAAGGGACAUCAUCAAUAAGGGACAGCAGCGGGACAUGGUGCUGGGAUAAGGGACUGUCCUGCCAAAUAAGGGACGCUUGACAGCUAUGUACAAAUCUCACCACCCCUGAAUGUUGGCCAUUCUGGCUGGGACUGGUGGGAGUUACAGUCCAAUGAUGUCUGGAAGGCACUGAGGUGGGGAAGGAUGCUCUGUUGCAUCCAGGAAGCUUAACCACUAAAUCCAAAAUGUGAAAGUUUUAUCAACUGCAUAGGGAUACCUGUUGUAGCUUGGCUGGGUGGGAGUGCAGAUGUAGUAUCAUGAAAAACUGUGGUCCUUAAAAAACACACGAAAAAACCAAGCUGUUAGUCCUUAAGUUUGCAGCGAGCACCCUGAAAAAUGUGUAGGUGGUUUCUACUAAAUAUUCCAAGGCUUUGGGUGGAAGCUGCCUUAAAACUAGCCAAACUAUUGGCCUUUUUAGCUCUGUAUUGUCUAUUCCAGGGGUCAGCAACCUUUUCCAGCUGUGGGCUGGUCCACCGUCCCUCAGACCAUGUGGUGGGCCGGACUAUAUUUUGAAAAAAAUAUAUGAAUGAAUUCCUGUGCCCCACAAAUAACCCAGAGAUGCAUUUUAAAUAAAAGCACACAUUCUACUCAUGUAAAAACAUGCUGAUUCCCGGACCGUCCGCAGGCCGGAUUGAGAAGGCGAUUGGGCUGCCUCCAGUCCACGGGCCUUAGGUUGCCUACCCCUGGUCUAUUCUGAUUGGAAGAAGCUCCCCAGGAUUUCAGACAGGAGUCUCUUCCAGCCCUGGAGAUGCUGAACUUGCCAUGCAAGGCAGAUUCUAUGCUAGGCUUUGAUGAAGGGCCAGGGAGGGCUGGGGAGGAUUCUUAGUCUGAAACCCUGGAAAGACAGUACUUGCAGACAACACUGAAGUACAGUAAAUGGACCAGUGAUCUGACUCAGUAGAAGGCAGCUUGCUAUGUGUGCGCUGCAAACAUCAAACAAACACCACCCUUGUUGUCAGCAUUUCUUCUCGACAGAUUUUGAUAAUGGACAUUCUCUGCAGCUGUCAGGAUUCUGACAGCAUCUGGCAUGCAGAAGAUAGUACCUGACAAUGCAAAGCUGCAGCAGCGGACACUGUUUGAUAUUAGGCAUGAUUUUAACAGCUAUAAUCUAGCAGCAGCUAAUAUUUGACCAUUUGUGAUAUUCUAUAAGUAUUAGAGCAAGGAUGCAGAGGUUCUUGGACUCCGGCUCCCAUCAGCCCCAGCCAGAACACCCAAUGGUCAAGGAUGAUGGGAGCUGUAGUCCAACAGAAUCGGAAGGACUACAGGUUCCUCAGCUGUGCAACAGAGGUCACUAUUUGACAGCAUCUCACAGGACAGUUGUUAUGCAGCCACCACCAGUUUUGCUUCUGCAAUAUACUAGCCAACAAUUGACGUAUGAAAGUUGGUAGAUGACAUGCAAUGAAAUGCACUCCAGUUUAUAUAAUGCAUUCAGUCAGUCAGUCAGUUAUCCAAUCAAAACAGGCAAAUUGCAACAUUUUGAGAUCCCCCCGUACAACUCAAUUCAAAUAUUGCAUUUUGAAAAAUGGGCAUUUAUUGACCUUCUUUGGACUUUCAUUUCAGUGUAACCCUGGGUCUCUCUAACACAGUAGAGAAGUCUUCCCCAACUGAGUGCCUUCUGGAUGUUGUUGGACUACAGCUCCCAUCAUCCUUGACCAAUGGUCCUGCAUGCUUGGGCUGAUGGGAAUUGGGGUUUAAUUACAUCUGGAGGAUACCACAUUGCCUACCCAUGGUCUACUGGCAGCAGCUCUCUGGAAUUUGAAGCCAGGGUUCUUUCUCAGCCCUGCGUGAUGCCAGGGGUUGUAUCUGAGACCCUUUGCCUUUAGAGUAAACCCUCUGCUCCACCACUAAGCUACACUCCUUCCCCUCAACUUGUAUCUCUUUCUGCUUUAGGGAGACACCAAACCUGACUACGAGAAUGUGGUGAACAAGAGUGAAGAGGAACUGCAUUACUCAUCCUUGGUGAACCUGGGCCCACGGCCUCGCCCCACCUAUGUAGACUCUGAAACAGACUCUGAAUCGGAGGAGAGCAUCCAGUAUGCAUCCUUGAAGCACUGAUCCUCUUGGAACUAGCAGAGAUCAGGAACUACUCCUAGACUCUUUCCCCUCUGUGUUGAGGUGGUGCCAGUGGCUGGGCCUGUAUUAUAGCUUGCUGUUUGCAAUCAAAUGCAGCAGAACUUGAGCGGGCAGUACAGAUGAUUUGACUGUACUGGGAGACAAGCAAGGCUGAGGUUUAGAUAGAUAUGGUGCAUCACUGCCAGCACAGCGCUCCACCUAUCAACACAUUUCAUUGGUGAUCGAGAUCAGUAUCCCCAAGUCUUGUCUUUCCCAUCGGAUCAUAUGGAAAAGAUCUGCUAUUCCUUCCUUCCUUCCUUCCUUCCUUCCUUCCUUCCUUCCUUCCUUCCAACAAGUCAAUCCAUACUUGCAAAAUAGAAAACUGCUCUCUGUAUAUUCCAGGUGAGACUAUUCAUUCAUCCAUAUCAUCAUAUCAUCAAUCUUGGCUAGAAGCAGCUCUGCAGGCUCAGAAGUCUUUCCUAUCAUCUGCUGCCUGAUCCUUUGAACUGGACAUGUCACAGAUCGAACCUCUGCGUGGAUCCUUCCAGUCAGCUAUGGUUGCAUUUGGUUCAGGGAUUCCCAAACUGGGUGGGGUCCCGCUGUGCCUUGAAAGGGAUGGGGAAGAUAUUUGAUUCAGAUCAUGUUUUACGGUAAACUUAAAGAAUUCUCAUUUCCCAAAGCCACACACAAACCGAAACACAGUUGUCCCUCAAAAUUCUCACUUCUGCAAAUUUUGCAAUGUAGUUCUCCAACCAUGCGACGCGUAUAAAGAGGUAUAUGCAAAGUGGGCAUAUAUAUCUCUUUGUGUGUGUCCCAACUUUUCAUAUCAAGUGGGCCACAAGGGUACUUUGACAUGAAGCCUAUGGGCCUCACACUGCCUUGUUGUGCACAUGGGGGGAACAAGGCCAACAUUUGACCCCCUGUCAGCCCUCAUUCUACCUUCCCAAAGCUGAGUAAGCAAGGUGCUGGCUUUGGGAAGGAGGUGGGAGGACUCUAAGACCCCAUCAGAGCCCUUGUGCCUCAUUCCCAAAGCCCAGUGCCUUGCUUACCUGGCUUUGGGAAGGCAGUGCCAUGGCUGUGGGGGAACAUCAAAUGUUGCUGAGGACUGCCCAAAAUACCUUGAAACUUUGAGAGAAAGACCACAGUGGACCACCCAUGUGUGCGUGUGUGUGCACGCACGCAUAUCUAUUAGUGAAAACAACAUGGGGAAAUGUAGUAUAUAAAGGGAAGUUGUUUUGCAAAAUGCGCAUUAGGCAAAAUUGCAGACAAAUAUGUGCAUAUUGGGGCAGAUUCACACUAAAAUGGGUUAUGAAUUUUCAUGAUGUGAAAAUGUGAAGAACUGAGCUUGGAAAGAAUGAGAAACUGAGAGAAACCAAAACUGACACAUUCACCUAUACUGCCAGGAACUUCUUGCAGAGGCAAGAGGGCCAGAGGCUGACCCAGGGGAGGGGAUGGGUGAUAUAUGAGCUUUUGUGCUACCCAAGGGGCAUGAGCUAGGGCUGGAGGAAGAGGGAGAGUCCAAGCAGUUGGCGAUGAGGUAGGAGGUGUCAGAAGUGGAGGAGGAGACUGUUGCUGCCCCCUUCCCCACAGUCUCCAAGGACCAGGAGGGCUGGAAGAAGCAGGCAUCUUGUGUAGGUCGCAAGUUUCUUGUGCAUGCCCUAUCAGGCAAGGGUUACUUAAGUCUGAAGGGGGGCAUGGUCACACCAUUGCACCAACAGCCUAGUUUGGGGCACAAGUGUGGGGCGGCGAUGCCAGCUAUUUCUUUGCCAAAGCUGUGUGUCCGGGUUCCGUGCACCUUAGGAGCUACAUUAAGUGUGCGCUUUAUCAAUAAAUGAUUAAACUACUGGUCAUUUGUCCUCCUUAGGCCAGAAGAUACAUAUGUACUGACGAGAUCAUGGGACAUACUGCAUACCAACCAAGCAUAUAUACUCUCGCUGAGCCGCAGCCAUUACUAAGCUCGUAGUCACAUUUGUGGACCUGUGAGCCCUAUAUGGUCAGUGACAAGACAUCUGGUUCUGAAUGGUAUUGCUACAGCCUUGCCUUCCUUCUGUCACUCAGAUGUAAUCCAUCAGUUUUGACAUGCAAGUGUAUCCAUGGAGUUUGCUUUUGAAUCUGUCUAUUGAUUGAACAAACAGUUGUCUCCAAUGUUUUGCAAAACUUUCUCCUAGCAGCACUGAUUGUAUCUGAAAGAAGUUUAUGGCAGUCCGCUUAUAUAUCCUUUGUAUCACAUGGUGGAAAUACUAAUGGUUCCCAGAACAGCUUGAAUCCAGGUAUCAUAUCUCAAUAACCCCAUUCAUUUUGUUCUAAAAUGUCAAGGCUAGUGGACAGGUCCACCGCAAAUGUACGUAAUAUCAAUAACCACCUCCUUCCUUAUGAUGCUUCCAGCAAAUGGGGAUUGCAUAUAUCUGAUACCUGGCACACAUUCCUCAGUGUCGUAUGCCAUCCUGCAAUUCAUUUUAAAUACAUUACUGUUUGAGUAGUACGUAAUGGAAAUCCACACACUGUUCUAUAUAUAUAAUCCCCUGUAUCAAAAUGGAAAACAGGUUUUUGUCUUCAGCUACUGUCCUUCCCUGCAGCAGCCAACACAGAAGGUUGAGUGACAGCCGUAUCAGUUUGGCAGCAAAUUGGGACCAGCAAAAACUAAGGGAGUUGCUUCUAAAUACUUGAGAGGUUCCCAUGAUAUGCACAUGUACAUACCGAUGGAAGAUGUUCUAUAAAAGGAAGGGCGAUAUAAUGCAAUAAAUAGUGACGGAUAAUUAAAACCCUCUUAGCAAUAUGGAAAGGACUAUGACUCUUUGGGAUCUACAAAAUAUUGAGGUGACAGUUGAAAGGGUGAUACCACCAACUACCGUUUUUUUCACUCCAUAAGACGCACCAGACCAUAAGGCGCACCUAGUUUUGGGAGGAGGAAAACAAGAAAAAAUAUUCUGAAUCCCAUAAGCCAGAACAGCAAGCAGGAUCGCUGCGCAGUGAUCCCUCUUGCUGUCCUGGCUUAUGGGAUAGCUGCUCGCAGCCUCUCCCAGGCAGCGGGAUGAAGGCUCCCCUUGCCCGAAGAGGCUGCGUACGGCUAAGGCAGAAGCCAGGAGAGGCGCUUGGCUGAAGGGGUGUUGCACAGAGAGCGAGAGCUGCGCAGUGCCCCUUCAGCCAAGUGGUAGGAGGAACAGAAGGAGCC